GCUUGACGCAUGACGGGUUGUCGAUUGCAAAAUGGCGCUGAAUUUGCACGUGAGAGUACACCCGGUGGUGCUGUUUCAGAUUGUGGACGCCUACGAACGACGAAAUGCAGAUUCACACAGAGUUAUCGGCACGUUGUUGGGUAACGUGGACAAGGGCAUCGUGGAAGUAAUCAACUGCUUCUGCGUCCCCCACAAAGAAACGGUGGACCAAGUGGAGGCCGAACUCAACUAUGCCAUGGACGUGCAUGAUUUGAAUCGUCGCGUAAACUCCAACGAAAGCAUAGUGGGUUGGUGGGCCACAGGACACGAAGUUACUAAUCACAGUUCAGUUAUCCACGAGUAUUACGCGAGAGAAUGCAAUAACCCGGUCCAUGUCACUCUGGACACGAGUCUACAGGGUGGACGUAUGGGCUUGAAAGCGUACGUGUGCGUUUCGUUGGGUGUACCCAAUGGGAAACAAGGCUGCAUGUUCACGUCUAUACCCAUCGAUGUGACGUGUUACGAUCCGGAGGUGUUUGGGUUACAGUUGUGUCAGAAAACCAUCGGCGCUGGCGGCGGGAGGUCGAGGAAUGUACAUCCCAUGUUAGAUUUGGCACAGGUGUCAGAAGCAGGAUCCAAAAUGGGAGUAAUGUUGGACCAGGUUCUACAAUAUGUUGAAGACGUUUUGUCUGGAAAAACACAAGCAAAUAACGCCGUCGGUAGGGCUUUAUUGGAUCUGAUUAAUUCAGUUCCUCAUAUGAGUAACGAACAGUUUUCUGAAAUGUUCAAUAGCAACGUUAAAGACUUGUUAAUGGUAAUUACUUUGUCUCAGCUUAUUAAGACACAAUUACAACUAAACGAGAAACUUACAUUACUUACGUCUGUCUAAUUUGAUUAAAUUAAUUUUUGUAUUAUUGAAGAGAAGAAUAAAAUUUUCGAUUUUGAA